UGAAGCUCUGCCAAGGGAGUAAAAAGGGGUUAGAAGAUCUGGAGUCAGCUUAAUUUACGAACUACGACAUAACAUCUUACGCCGUUUUAGUAUGUAAACUGAUCUGUGACACGAUACUGUCUAUGGUUAUGAUCCGUGAUUUAAUUUAGUGUUUUCCCCAGUCUACUAAAUAUUAAGAAAGGUUUAAAUAUACCCAGGCGGAAAAUACAAUCGUUGUUUGAAAAAAAAGAAGGAAAGGUAUUUUUUCAAUGCUUUUUAUCACGCGCAUGCGCAGAUCUUCCGCCUGGCUAAGCGUUAUGAUUUUAAGUCUUCAAGGGUUUGGAGAUUAUUUAACUAAUUGCUUUUUUUUAUGAUUCUGAGGGGAAUUCAUUUGUGGCGUCCUAUACCACAAAACAAGGCCAACGUCUGUGUAGUUUGCUGACCGUGAUCAAGCGAACACGGAAACCACCAGCGGGCAAUGCUCUUGUUUUCUCCAGCGCUUGAACCGUUGUGGUCGCGAGCGCAGCAGUACUGCCUGCCUUGCCCUCACGAGGGAACCAGCCCAGUCUCGCCAGCGCACAACGGCGGUCGAAGAUGGCGCUAGUCGAAUGGAAAUCCUAAUGACAGUCUCCAAAUUUGCCUCUUUUUGUACCAUGGGCGCCAAUGCCUCUGCUCUGGAGAAAGAGAUUGGAUCUGAGCAGUUUCCGGUCAAUGAGCACUACUUUGGCCUAGUCAAUUUUGGAAACACCUGCUACUGCAACUCGGUGCUGCAGGCUCUCUACUUCUGCCGACCGUUUCGGGAGAAGAUCUUGGCGUACCGCAGUCAGCCUCGGCGGAAAGAGAACCUGCUCACCUGCCUGGCCGACCUGUUCCACAGUAUUGCCAACCAAAAGAGGAAAGUGGGCGUGAUUCCACCCAAGAAGUUCAUCACACGGCUUCGUAAAGAGAAUGAGCUGUUUGACAAUUACAUGCAGCAGGAUGCCCAUGAAUUCCUGAACUACCUGCUCAACACCAUCGCAGAUUUGCUUCAGGAGGAGAGAAAGCAGGACAAGACCAACGGCCGCCUUGCCAAUGGCACACUGGACUCUCAGAACAACAACAGCAAUGCCACGCCCGCUCCAACCUGGGUCCAUGAGAUCUUUCAAGGCACUCUUACCAACGAGACGCGCUGCCUCACCUGUGAAACGAUAAGCAGCAAAGAUGAGGAUUUUCUGGACCUUUCUGUGGAUGUAGAACAGAAUACCUCCAUCACGCACUGCCUCAGAGGCUUCAGUAACACGGAGACACUGUGCAGCGAGUACAAAUACUACUGUGAAGAAUGUAGAAGCAAGCAGGAGGCACACAAGAGGAUGCGUGUUAAGAAGCUGCCAAUGAUCUUGGCGUUGCACCUGAAGCGCUUCAAGUACAUGGAGCAGCUGCAGCGCUACACCAAGCUGUCCUAUCGGGUCGUCUUCCCCCUGGAGCUCCGCCUCUUCAACACCUCUGGGGACGCCACCAAUCCGGAGAGGCUGUACGACCUGGUGGCUGUGGUGGUGCAUUGUGGGAGUGGGCCAAACAGGGGUCACUACAUUGCCAUCGUGAAAAGUCAUGACUUCUGGUUGCUGUUUGACGAUGAUAUUGUUGAGAAAAUCGACGCGCAGGCCAUAGAAGAAUUCUACGGCCUCACUUCUGAAAUCUCCAAGAACUCCGAGUCCGGCUACAUCCUCUUCUACCAGUCCAGAGACUGAACGUGGAGCCCGCGUUUCAGCCACAGAAACCGGAGGAGAUGCUCCGUUCCCUCCCCGGUGAGGAGCAGCGGCCUGUCGACGCGCCACAGCAGCCCGCCUGGUGCCACACCUGCCCGCGCAGCUGUAUUUAAUUAUUGUGCUUUUUACGUGCUCAGCCGUGAAAGUUCCUCUUCCGUGCCGGCCGAUCCUCCCGCCCAAAACCCAUGUACCCCCCCCCCCCCCCCCACUUCACUCUGGCCUGGACGCUGCUGCCUGGACAACGAGACGACAAUGAAUGCAAAGUGUGUCGAGAUUGUUUUUAAGAAAAAGACGCUGAAUGAGGAUUGUACAGAUAAUUGGUCGGUCAAAUGAGUGGCAUAUUUAGAUUUUUCCUUGGGUGAGGGGUUGAACGGGUAUUUAAUAAUUCAUAAGACGUUACAUCGGCAUGGUGUGUCCAACCCCCCCCCCCCCCCCCCCCCCCUGCCCCCUUCCCACCCUCACCUUUAGUCUGCACUGGGGUUUACCGACAGUGGGUCAUCUUUGUGAUGCAGAUGUGAUAUGGGGGAGGGCCGAGUCUCCCGCUUGUGGGACACACUGGCUUGUGUAUUUCUACAGUGUACAGAAUGGUAUUUGUAUAAAUAUAACAAGAAGAUAUUAUCAUUGGAAAUUGUUAGACCUUGAGAAGAUGUAUUAACACUAUGGUGCACUUUUGAUACCGUUUUGUAGGUGUUGGCAAGUUUAUUGUGAGGGUUUGCUUGAAAAGGCCUGUUGUAAAGCGAUUAUUUUCUGUUUUAAAGAAAACGAAAUAAAGCCAGUAAGAUUGA